AUGGUUGUUCUAGUCGCCGCGCGAGCCACUCAGCAGGGCCUCUUCCAGGCAAUCAGCUUCACCUCGUUUCUAUCACAUUCGUGCUUAAAACGAGGGCGACCAUGCGCAUUCCUCUCCCGCCUCCAUUCCGCUUCCCCAGCGCUCCCCUCCCCGUCGAUCCUCCGCGUAUCCCCGCUCACGCUCCCCGCCAAUGGCCUCCGGUCCCCCUUAAAUCCCGCGCCAUCGCCGCAAAUCGCGGAUGCCGAUUCGAAGAACCACCACGGAGUCGCGUCCAAGUCCGCUCUCCUAACCUCCGCGCCGCUCUUACUCCUCCCGAACCAACAACAACAGGCACCUCGUGGGGUCGCGGCUCGGGCAGCCUCGAAAUCCUCUCGAAUCGUCAAGGAUGCGUCUAAGAAAAAAGGCGGGAAAAUUGGUCUCGGAGGAUCCGACCAGGAAGCGAAGCAGCAGCGCAGGGGGGGAAGCGGACACGGCAGCUCUGCCUUCGGAGCUAACGAGUUCACGGGAAACGGGGGUUUGCUCGAAGCGGAACCGUCCGAUUUGGGCGAUCUGGGUUUAUCCAAGGACGUGGACGCGGCGUGGCUUAUUAGCGGGUCGCGAGACAAUAUCGAGGAUGACGUGCCGGAUUCUCCGUUUCUAGACGCGGUCGUUAAGGUGAAGCUGAAGCGACGCGGCGACGACACCAAGUUCGUCGCACGCGUGCUGGCGAUCGGCGUGGAGUGCGACAUUGCGUUACUCGCUGUGGACGACGAUUCCUUCUGGCAGGGCCGCCAACCUCUCAGGUUCGGCGGCCUCCCUCACUUGGAGGAUGCAGUGACAGUGGUGGGGUACCCAGUGGGAGGAGACAGCAUAUCAGUCACAUCUGGCGUCGUCUCGCGCAUUGAAGUCACCGCAUACGCUCACGGCGCCUCAGAGCUACUAGGGGUGCAAAUCGACGCCGCAAUCAACCCUGGGAACAGCGGCGGCCCGGCUUUUAACGACCGCGGGGAGUGUGUGGGGAUAGCGUUUCAGUCGCUGAAAGAUAGUGAUACCGAGAAUAUCGGGUAUAUCAUCCCCACGCCGGUCAUCUCGCAUUUUCUCGGGGAUUAUCGGCGGAACGGGCAGUACACGGGUUUCCCCGCAAUCGGAAUCCUCUGGCAGAGGCUGGAGAACCCUGCGCUUCGGGCAGCUCUGAAAAUGUCGCCCGGGCAGAAGGGUGUGCUCGUGCGAAAAGUCGACCCAACGUCUCGUGCUCAUGGCGUGUUACAGCAAGGGGAUGUGAUCAUGUCAUUUGACAAUGUACCAAUCGCAAGCGACGGCACCGUCCCUUUCCGAACCGGCGAGCGCAUCUCCUACGGGUUCCUGGUCAGCCAAAAAUUCUCCGGCGAGGUUGCCCGGCUGGAAAUUCUCCGCGACGGGCAGCUGACGAAAGUUCAGGUGCAGCUGAAGCCGCCAAAACGGCUCAUUCCGGUGCACACGGGGGGGAAACCGCCGACAUAUCUGAUCGUAGCAGGGCUGGUUUUCACGCCGGCGGUGCAGCCGUUUCUGCAGUCUGAGUAUGGGAGCGAGUUUGAGUUUGAGUCGCCGGUUUCGCUGCUUCAGAAGCUGCUGCAUGGGCAUGCGGAGCAUCAGGAUGAGGAAGUGGUGGUGCUCAGCCAGGUUCUAUCGCAUGAAGCCAACAGAGGCUACGCUUACAUCACCAACACGUGCCUCGUCACGCUCAACCGCACCUGUGCUCUGUCUCCCUGCUCCUUCACCUCACCCUUGACUCUCUUCCCCUCCCCACCACCCACAAACCAGGUGCUAGCGCACGAGGCCAACAUGGGCUACGAGGGCAUCACCAACACGUGCCUGGUUUCCCUCAACAGCACGCAGGUGCCCUGCCUCCCUGCUCCUUCACCCCUGACUCCCUUACCCUCCCCACCACCCACAAACCAGGUGCUAGCGCACGAGGCGAAUAUCGGGUAUGAGGAUAUCACCAACACUUGUCUUGUGUCUCUCAACGGCGUGCGGGUGCGCAACGUGCGGCAGCUGGCAGCGCUGGUGGACGCGUGCACGGCAGAUUGGGAGAGCCAGCCGUUCAUGCAGUUUGAGCUGGAGCACCGGCAGCUGGUGGUGCUGGAGACUAAGAGCUCGCUCUACUCCCCCGGCCCCGCCUCCGCUCCCGCGGGUCCUCCGCAUCUUCCGCCUUCCGCCUCGCUUCUGCGCCGCGCAUCCGCACCGACUCUUCCGGAGCCGCAGCCGGGUAUCGCGGUGGUAUCGAGAAUUUGCGCCGCCCGAGCUUCCGACAGCUGCAGAAAGCAAGCUGACGGGACGAUGCGGCAGGAGCAGCAGCAGAUGGAGCAGCAAAGGGAACAGCAAAAGGAGCAGCGGAAGGAGCAGCGUCGUGGGAGCGCCGACCACACUCAUCCUGCGCGUGACGCGCAGCCGCAACAGCCGCUUACCUUCGGGACCGACGAGCAAUGGGAACGGAUCUUGGCAACGCGUCGAGAGACACGGCGCAGGGCUUCUAGUAGAAUUAGUAUGGAUAGUACCAAAGAGCGCGGCGGCAAUAUCGGAGGCAGCACGACUGCUGCCGUAACUUCUGCCGCGAUUGCUGGGAAGGGACUGCAGGCGACGCGAGGGGGGCUACAGCGCUCGGCCGGAAGCUGCGACGUCUGGCGACUCGUCUCAUCGAUGGACGCGCGCGAAUGCGACUCCCCGCCAACGGAAACUCGCUUCGCGCGCGCGGACCGGCGUGACGGCGCGCAGAAGGGGUGCGCUGGCGCCGCCGGCUCCGCCGCGGGGAAGCGGACGACGCGCCUGACGAGGAGCGGCGGGAGCUGCGACAUGGCGCGGCUGGUGCAGAUGCUAGAGGAUGAGAUGGACCGCGAGGAGCGCGACGCGCGGAAGGGGUGUGCUGCCGCCACUGGCGUCGCCGCGGGGAAGCGUAUGGAGCGCCGCUGGGGGGGCCCUGGUAGGGCAACACUGGCGGGGAGCGGCGGGAGCUGCGACAUGGCGCGGCUAGUGCAGAUGCUAGAGGAUGAGAUGGACCGCGAGGAGCGCGACGCGCGGAACAAUAAUAUUACUGCCGCCACCAAUGUCAGGCGUAGCGCGGGCCUCCAGGCCUUCUCGCUGCGUGAGCCCACUCCCGACUUGCAAUUCGCGCGAUUCGCGCAGUCCGACGGAGACGUGCACGCGGCGUGGGCUGCGCGGCUCUCCGCAGGCCUCUCCGCUCCGCUUUGUGGUUCCGCGCAAGGCGACCGCGACUGA